ACGAAAGUUCUUGUAGACGAAAUUCAAUCUUUAAGAGCUGAUCAAAAUGCGACGCAGGCUAAAAUCGAGGUCCUUGUGGAAGCUGCCUCGGAGCAAACCGCCACUAUCAAAGGAAUGACAAAGCAGCAAGGACAAGGACAAACAGUGGCCAGAAAAUUUCCGAUUCAGAGUGUAAAGGAUCUAAAUCAGAUGAGCAUGGAAAUUAACGACACAAACCGAGAGCUUUAUAUUGAUGCAAUUAAGAUCCACAUUAUGCAUGGUGGAAUUAUGAAAAACCUAAAAAAUGUGUUGUCAAAUACUGUUGUCUUGGCCUAUAAUGUUGAUGGCGUCCAAGGCAAAGCUGCCUUGAAAAACGAAAGCAGUUUUUAUGGAGUUUUGCUUGAUGCAAUCAAUUUGGUAGAAGGACUGGAUCAGCUGAGGACAAUCUACGAAAGGCCUUGCAGCUGCAAAAAAAACGCUAUUUUAAGAACUCCACACCCUUGGGUACCCAUAAGUACCCUUCUCAUGGGUUCCCAUAUCACCACCUAG